UACCUUCACAGAGUUCUGGUUGCAGAAGUCAAUGCCCUUCAAGGAAUGGCAGCAAUAGGCCAGAGACCUUUACUUAUGGAGGAGAUCAACACUAUCCUGCAGUAUGUAGUGGAGCGGAACAAGCUGCUGCAGUGCCUCCAUGCUAAGAGGCAUGCUUUAGAGUCAUGGAGACAACUCGUGGAAAUUAUACUCACUGCCUGCCCCCAGGAUCUCAUACAGGCUGAGGACAGACAGCUGAUUAUCCGUGAUCUAUUGCAGGAUGUGCAUGACAAGAUCCUAGAUGAAGAUGCAGCUCAGGAAUUGAUGCCGGUGGUGGCAGGGGCUGUGUUCACCUUGACUGCCCACCUGAGCCAGUCCGUGAAAACCGAGCAGAAACAGCCACUUGCACUCCCUACAGCAGGACCGUCCCAAUAUGUCUUGAUGUUGGAUGGUUCUUUUACCUCAUCAGCUAACUCUGAGAGCAUAUCCAUGGGUUUUGCUUCCAUUGGUGACUCCUCCCUCCACAUCAUCUUAAAAAAGCUGCUGGAUUUCAUUUUGAAAACAGGUGGUGGCUUCCAGAGAGUGAGAACUCACCUUUAUGGAUCACUCCUUUAUUAUUUGCAGAUUGCCCAGAGACCAGAUGAACCAGACACUUUAGAAGCAGCUAAAAAAACAAUGUGGGAACGUCUGACAGCUCCUGAAGAUGUGUUUAGUAAAUUGCAACGUGAAAACAUGGCAAUAAUUGAGAGUUAUGGGGCAGCUCUCAUGGAGGUGGUCUGUCGUGAUGCUUGUGAUGGUCAUGAGAUAGGCCGGAUGCUGGCAUUGGCUUUGCUUGAUCGUAUUGUUUCAGUAGACAAGCAGCAGCAGUGGUUGUUGUAUCUCUCCAAUAGCGGCUACCUGAAGGUGCUUGUGGAUAGCCUAGCAGAUGACGAUCUGGCUCUUCAGAGCUUGCUCACACCUCAGCCCCCUUUGCUUAAAGCGCUGUACACCUAUGAGUCCAAAAUGGCAUUCCUCACUAGAGUAGCUAAAAGUCAGCAAGGGGCGUUAGAGCUGUUGCGGUCUGGAGUGAUAGUGAGGCUGGCACAGUGUCAAGUGUAUGACAUGCGACCCGAAACAGACCAUCAAGGAAUGUAUGGAAUGAGAGAUCCCCCAGUCUUCAUUCCGGCUCCAGUGGAACGUUAUCGCCAGAUUCUUCUUCCAGCUCUUCAACUCUGCCAAGUGAUCCUCACAUCCAGCAUGGCACAACACCUGCAAGCAGCAGGACAGGUUCUGCAGUUUCUAAUUUCCCAUUCAGAUACUAUCCAGGCAAUCCUGAGGUGUCAAGAUGUUAGUGUUGGAUCUCUCCAGGAGCUGGCCUCCCUGACAGGAAUAAUCAGCAAGGCAGCUUUGCCUGGAGUGCUAAGUGAGCUGGACAUUGAUGUUAAUGAAGGGACACAGAUGGAGCUGCAAGGGCAUAUAGGCCGAUUUCAGCGCCAGUGUUUAGGACUUCUAAGUCGGUUUGGUGGUUCAGACAGACUACGUCAGUUUAAACUGCAAGAUGAUAACGCAGAGGGAGACAGAGUGAACAAGAGGGAUGAAACUGAGUUGGCCAUGCAGCAGAUCUGUGCAAACGUGAUGGAAUACUGUGAAUCACUUAUGUUGCAAAGCGCUCCCAGUUUUCAGCACGCUGUUUGUCUGUUUACUCCUAGCCUGUCAGAAUCAACCAACCGAGAUGGCCCUCGUCAGGAUACACAAGCACCAGUGGUCCCAUACUGGCACUUGCCUGGCUUAGGCAUUAUCGUCUACCUGCUGAAACAGAGCACUAGUGAUUUCUUCAGUUACUAUGAUAGCCAUCGCCAGAGUGUUAACAAAUUGCAAAAUGUGGAGCAACUCCCACCAGAUGAAAUAAAAGAGCUGUGUCAGUCAGUUAUGCCAGCUGGGGUUGACAAAAUCUCCACUUCCCAAAAAUAUGUUUUGGCAAGGCGACGCCUGGUGAAGCUAAUAAACAACCGAGCCAAGCUGCUUUCUCUCUGUUCUUAUAUUAUAGAAACAUGUCUCUUCAUUCUUUGGCGUCAUCUGGAACACUAUCUACUGCAUUGCACGCCCACUGACUCCCAAGACACACUGCUGUCCUCCAGGAUGUCGUUUAAGAAAGGAAGGCUGCAAGAUUCCUUUGGUUCAGAGCCUCACUUGGAUUUCAGUAGCGGACUGAAUCGAGUGAGCCAGCAUGAUAUAGAACAGCUUCAGAUUGAAGCCACGAACAGCUUUGGUGAAUCUCUGCAGAAGAAGCUUCUGGACAUCGAAGGGUUAUAUUCUAAGGUUCGGUCACGAUACACCUUUAUUCAAGCUCUUGUUAGACGCAUCCGUGGUCUCCUAAGGAUAUCAAGGACCUAAAAGACUCUUGAUACACGUUGCUUGCCCCUUGAAGCAGUGUACUAGGGCGGGCCUUCUGGAUCAUUGGAUUUUAUAGAUCAUACAUUUUCUAAAUAAUGUCAAAAAUAUUUUGUUACUUUUUUUUUUUCUUAUCCCUAUGGAUCAGUUUUGUGUAUUCUUUCCUACUGCUCCCAGCUUGACAGAAAAAAUAAAGGA